AUGACUACAGAAACAUGGAUUGAUAAUUCAAAAAAUCAAAAGAAUAACAAUAAUACUUCAAUUAUUGCAAGACAACCAUAUCAAGCUUGUCCACAACAUUGCCAACUCCCAUUUUAUGGUAAUUACGUCUUAAUAAAAACUUAUAUUGAGCUUAUUUUAGAUAAGAAUUCGGUUCAAGUACCAAUCCAACCAAUAAUUUCACCAAUAUAUCAGUUUGAAAGAACAUUACCAUCCGUUUUCAGUGUAUCAGAGGGCGAACAACUUGAUAAUAUUGAAUUAAUAGAUAUGUCAUCAUUAACACCAUCAAAUUUGGUAUUAUUGAAAAAUUUCUCUGACGAAACAGGAGAAUUUGAAGGUUUAGAUUUACAUACUGGGCGUAUUGGUGAGCAAAUGGUAUACACAUAUUUGUUGAGUGAAAUAUCGUGA